CACGCCAAGUCAAAUAUCUUCGAACAUUUUUAACAACGCGAAUAAUUGUCCUUAUCCGCGCCUAUUAAUAAAAUCCCGAGACGCUUUAUUUGUAUCUUUGACACAGAUCAGCUAAAAGACUGAUUACUCGCGGAUAUUAUGAGGACAAUAUAUCUUUUAGCCAUUAUCUCCGUUCUCGUAACACUCCAUGAAGUCGAAAGCGGAUCAUAUAGGUUCCAAGCGGAUUAUCUGAAUUCCAAGCAGAAUACCAAGCAUUACAAGACGAAUCAGAAAUUGACAGAAUUAGCAGCGUCCAAGAAUCAAUCGCAACCGCUUCCAGGUCGGAAAAUGAUGCUAUUAUCAGCCUGGGGUAUCAUCGGAUUAAUUGUAGGCGCUAUCAUAUUCAGUACAAUAACUUACUACAUCUUUCUAUUGUAUCCAUAUAUAUGCAAAAAGAAUGAAAGCUAUGACAUCAUAGAAUUAACAGAUGUUAAUUCUGUGUCCACUGUUAGUGACAAUGUUAAUGUUAACAAUGUAUCACGUCCAUUGAGAGCAUUUUGCGACUCAAAUGAUGUAUCAAAUGACAUAUCAAAUGAUGCACCAUUGAAACGAUAGGUCUGAAAAGAAAA